AUCCCUUUUUGUCUCUCUCGCUCUUCCCUCUCAUUCUCUCUCCACAAAAACCCAAACCCUUAAAGCUCUUCUGUGGCGGCUGUCAAUCCUCUUCCCCAUCUCACUUGCUAGGGUUUCUCUGUUCAGAUCGGAAGAUCCAAAGUCUUUCCAGAAUCAUGGCCGCCGUCGCUCCUCCGGCAGAACAGACUGCAGAAUUAUUGCAAAAGUUAUCUUUGGAAACACAGACGAAGGGCAUUGAAAUAUCAGAUGCAACCAAAAAGCCCUCUAUUGAUUCCAGUAAUGUCUCCAAUGUAAUUACAUCAGAUAGAUCUGUUACGCCGGCACUACCUGACUUUGGGGAUCCAGCCGUGUGCUAUCUUCAGAGCGGCUACCCUUUCUACUAUGGUGGUUAUGACGGUAGUGGGAAUGACUGGGAAGAAUAUGCAAGAUAUAUCAAUCAGGAAGGAGGAGUCGAUAUGCCUUCGGCGGUAUAUGGUGAAAAUGGAUCACUAAUGUAUCACCCCGGGUAUGGGUAUGCACCCUAUCCCCCUUAUUCACCUGCUGCUACACCUGUCCCAACUGUAGCACAUGAUGGACACAUAUAUGGAGCUCAGCAAUAUCAAUACCCUGCUCCAUAUUUCCAGUCUAUGACACAAACAAGUGGUCCACACCCGACUCCGGCUGCUAAUGCAAAAGGUGAGAUAGCCGCCUCCGCAGCUGCUGAUCAAGCAGCUUUGCCUGUAGAAUCUACUAAUUCAAAAUCUAAUGGCGUUGCGAAUAGCGGUGGGCCAAAGGGAGGCAAUGGCGCUGCUCCAACAAGAAUGGCCUAUCAGAAUUCUUCUUUUAAUGUCAAUGGAUCUUAUGGAAGGGGUUUGCCUGCUUCCGGUUAUCAAGACCCAAGAUAUGGAUUUGAUGCUUUGCAGUCUCCAAUUCUGUGGCCAGAGAACCACUACUUCUCUGAUGGUCAGCCAAGGCCUGCAACUAGUUCAUCAGCAACUUCAGUUGCUAAUGGCAAUGGCUUCAAUUCUUCUAGGAGUCAAAAUUACCGGCCUCAUCCAAUGGGUUUGCACCACCCCAGGCCGGUGCCAGGUUUGAAUGCAGCUAGUGGGUACAUCAGUAGGAUGUACCCAAACAAAUUAUACAGCCAGUAUGGAAAUGCCUUCAGAUCUGGUUUGGGUUUUGGAGCAAGCGGUUAUGAUGCCAGAGUGAAUGGCCGUGGGUGGAUGGCUGUGGAUAGCAAGUACAAACCAAGGGGAAGAGGAAACAGCUUGUACAAUUGCAAUAAUGAAAACAUUGAUGGCCUCAAUGAGCUCAACCGGGGACCAAGAGCCAAAACCUCUAAAAAUCCGAAAAGCUUUUCUCCAGCAGCUCUGGUGGUCAAAGGUCAAAACAUUCCCUUGACUGGAAAGAAUGACAACGAGGAGAAAUCUAGUUUGAUGCCUGACCGGGAGCAGUACAACCUACCAGAUUUUCCAGUAGCUUAUGAUGAUGCUAAGUUUUUCAUCAUCAAAUCAUACAGUGAAGACGAUGUCCACAAGAGUAUCAAAUAUAAUGUCUGGUCUAGCACACCAAAUGGUAACAAAAAGCUUGAUGCUGCAUACCAAGAAGCCCAACAGAAGCCUGGAAACUGCCCUGUUUUCCUUUUCUUUUCGGUUAAUACCAGUGGACAAUUUGUUGGGGCUGCCGAGAUGACUGGGCCAGUCGAUUUUAACAAGAAUGUCGAAUAUUGGCAGCAGGACAAGUGGAUUGGCUGCUUCCCUGUAAAGUGGCAUAUAGUGAAGGAUGUGCCUAACAGUUUGUUAAAGCACAUCACUCUCGAAAACAAUGAGAAUAAACCUGUGACCAACAGUCGGGACACCCAAGAGGUUAAGCUGGAGCAGGGGCUUCAGGUCUUAAAAAUAUUUAAAGAACAUAUUAGUAAGCAAUGCAUUCUUGAUGACUUCGACUUUUACGAGGAUCGCCAGAAGAAAAUCCAGGAGAAAAAGGCAAAGCAGCAGCAAUACCAGAAGCAGGUUCAUGUCUGGGAAGGAAAACCCACUGAAGACAAGAACAAGGAUGGCGCAAAUGAUGAUGUUAAAUUUGUUAAGUCGUCUGAAGUGGCAUCCGAUUCAAACAAACAAGCUACACCACAAGUCCAGUCCAACACCAAUACAGAAAUCAAGAUUGCAGAAAUAGGUACUCUUACAAAAUUGGGAGAAUCAACCAAGACCACCACAAAGCCUGCAGCAGCUGUUGUGGAGAAGAAGCCGAUAGCCAAUGGGGUAGCCAAUGGGUGCUAGCUUCACCAAUGCCAUCUUGAAUGGGGGGCAGGCGGGGGCUUUAAUAGGAAGGAAAAUCCUUUGUGUUAUAAAUUCGAUGGCCUGCCUUUAGGUUCAUACUGCUCUAUGCUAUUGCUGUGGUAGAGCAGUAUGGAGCCGAUCCCCAUUUUUCUUCAUGAUGGCAAAUUAGUUCUUAGUUGGUGUUGUCGAAUUUCUGCUAGAGGGUUUGGGUUUUAGGAGAUGUACCUUUUUCUUCUCUUUUUGUCUUUUUACUGCUUUUCUUUUUUAAAAGAUCGGAAUCUAUUGUCUCUGUUUUAUCUCUUCAGUGUCGGUCGACUUGGUUCUUUUUUAGUUUUGUGCAUUUUGCAAGACUCCUUUUUGCUAUUUGUGUGGGAUUGUGGUUCUCUCCUGUCUUGUUUUCUAACUAGCAAGAUAGGGGAGAUGGGAGUGGAAUAUAGCCUGUUUUAGAUGA